AUGUCGUCGCUGCAGGUUUCGACGGGGACAGUGCUAGAGGCCAAGACGCUGCUCAACGAGUUGACCGCCCUCAAGGACGAGCACCAGGUGCUGAUUCCAAACACGAAGAGCAUGAAUGAGGCCGUCGCAGACUUGAUCAGAGAGGCGACGCCUCAGGUUGACGCCAGCGAGGUCAGCGCUGAUGGGGAGCGGGGCCUGGAUUCGGAGAUGUGCCAGGAGCAGGAGCAGGAGCAAGAACAUCUAGUUGACAAGGGUCCAGGUGAUGAACCUGAUGAUCGCACGUUCGCCGAUUUCGGGGACACCGUUCAGUGGCAGGUGUCAGACCUUGUCAAUGACGCGGGGAGGAAAAAGCUCUUCAAGGACGCAAGCACGUUCCAUAGCAUGAAGGACUUCGUGCCCCAGGGUGGCCAGAUCGAUGACCAUAUUGUUAAGGCCCUGAAAUUUGACGUGAACGUUUAUCUCAGCUCGAACUACGCCGAAAAGAAGCUCAAGCAGGAGGCGACCGACGGCGCGCGCAAGCGUCGCUUGCCGAAUGCCGUCCUGCUCCUGUACGUGAAGAACGGGAAAGACGGGUGCUGGGCUAUCCUGAACAUGGCCGAGGCAGAGACGCUGCGCACGUGGAUGCUCAACGGCGGCAGCCCAGCGGGCUCGAUGGGCAUCGUGACCGCCCGCGGGGAGUGGCUCACGAAGCCGGUGGAUGACAAGGAGCUGGUCAUCAAGCCAGAGGUGAGGGACCCGCUCCGCGAGGGCAAGGCGCCCCUAAGGGCGGCCGCGCCGCUGGUCUUCUCCAGGUUCUUCAACUGGGAAGUCGACUACGACGAACAGGAGCUGCUGACCCUGGUCACCGUGUUGAAGCCCAUUCCGGACGAGGAGGAGAGGAAACGGUGGCUGCAGGCUGUCCGCCAGGCUCGUCGGCGCGACCGCAAGGAUAUCAAGCAGACGGUGCUGGAGCAGGCCGUCAAGAUCGAAGACCCGAGAAAGUUGGAGUCAGUUCGGCAGGGUAUGAAGGCGCUCCGGAAGUACCUCGACGAGAAAUACCCUGGCAUCGAUGCCGCCUUCAAGGAUCUUGACACCAAUGGCGACCACUUCAUCGACAGGAAGGAAUUCAAGGAGGCGUUCGCCGACAGCACCCUGGACAAGACGCAGCUGAACAGGCUGUUCGACCACUUCGACGCCAGCAAAGACAAGCAGCUCGACUUGCGCGAGUUCCUCCAAGCCCUGUCCCUGAAGGAACUGUCGAAGGACCGUGUCAAGCAGAUGCUCGGCGACCAGAGCAAGGGCCAGAGCAGUGGCAUGAAGACGGCGACGGGUUUCGAGAGGGACGAUGGGGACGGAACAUCCAUCAAGCUGUUGGGUCACAAGGUCAUCGCGACAAGGGCUCGGCGCGGCUUGGGCGCACUGAUCUCCACGGGCCGCGAGGACUUGAACCCAGGGGAGCUCCAGGUCGUCUGUGGUGCAUCCGCGUACUUCAUCGGCGGGCGCGUGAUCUCGUGCGCCGUGGGGGGUGUCGCCACGGUGGCCCCGUCCGGCAUCACGGUGCGGCAGAAGGACCGAGUUGCAGUCUUCUUCGAGGUGACCGUGAUGGAAGCACCCCCCGGCUCCACGUGCUCGGUGGGCAUCGCGACAGCCCAGUUUGCCCAGAGCGAGGACGUGCAGCGCGUUGGCGAGGACGCGCACUCUUGGGGCGUGGGAGGUCUUGGGCGUACGCCUGCGUGGCUGCACGACAGGCACUCCGACAGCUUCGGCUCUCCCGCUUGGUCUCCUGGUACUGUAGUGGGAGUUCUGAUUGAUCUUCAGAAUGAGCAAAGAGCAGUUCUCCGCUUCUUCCUCAACGGAGAGGAGUUGCAGAAGGCAGAGUUCAGCAACAUCCCUCUCGCUGGGGAUGGUGUCGUGGUCCCGGUCUUCACUGUUGAAUACGGGGCAAAGUUGUACGUCAACUGGGGCAACGAGAAGCUGCGAUACAGACCGCCGAGUCUUGAUUCCAGUGUGUUGACGGUGAGCCAACUCGCGAACCUUGAUAUUGAUGGUAAGGUGCGAAAGAGUGACCUGAAGGAAGGUAGCGACAAGCUUGGCAAGAUGCUGUUGGGCGCCGAUCUGAAGAAUCAGGGCUUAAUUUGUGUCGUCCAGGAGGAGUCAGGGGGCUUGUAUUCCGCCCGGCUUGACACGAAGUUAGCUCGGAGGGGUUGUGUUCCGGAGCCUAUAUAUCUUCACGGCAUGCUGCUUACCACGGGGAGGUGGUACUACGAGGUCGAAAUCAGUGAGGCGCCAGGUGAUUUUUUCAAGCUGACAGCAGGCUACGCAGACGCGCGAUGUUAUGGGAACUUCGGUGUGGGCGAGGUGCCUGGCAGCUGGGGAAUGGACGUGGCCGAUGCAAAACUCGCUGGCGACGGGAAGCCGGCCUGCUUCCUCCACAUGGAAUGGAACGACUGCAAGGCCAAGCAGGGUGAUAUCUACGGCUUCGAGGCCGACAUCGACAACGCUACCAUAGCCAUUCACUACCGCGGCAUCGCCGAGGUGAAGCCAAAGGUGGGCCUGGCGUUCGUGAAGGUCCCCUUCCAGGGUGGCCUGCGGCCCGUCAUCGGAUUCGGCUUCGGAAACAAAAAGAUACACAUCAAUUUGAGCCCUCCGCCGGAACACAUCCCAACCGGCGCGCGCCCGGUGCAGGAGUACGUGAACAAGGCGCAGCGUCUGCUCGAGACGAAACCAGCGGAUCCGCUCGCCCUACGCACGGUUCUCGCCGAUGCCCGAGCGCCAGGGCAUGCUCGUCCUUCCACGGGGGCCUCGGACGAGAUCCUGAGGGCCUCGGCUGGGCAGUGGUGCGCGUGGCUGCAGGGCCCCGAGUUCCCCCUGACGGGCUUCGAGCCGAAGGCAAUCGUUUCUGACCAGCCCAAGCAGGACACGGGAGCCGGGGUGGGCACGAUUGCCGAGGACGACGCCGACAAAACCGAGCAGGGUGAGCUCCGAAGGCCCGAUCUCCGAAGACCUUUGGAGGCUUCAUCGGAGGCAUCAGGUGUAUCGGGGUCGCCUCGAGAGGAGUCGGACAAACUGGCGCUGGCGCCAAACGCCGUGGCUCCACUGGUCACCCACAAAGGCUUUCAAGCCAAGGCGCUCCAGCACAGGCCUGUCCUUACUGGAACGAGGCCCUGCUUCCAGGGCCGCUACUACUACGAGGUGAAGAUAUGCUACAACUUCGCUCGCUCGCCUAAGGAUCUCUACUCGGCCCUCCGCACGGGCCAGGACGUCGACGACGAGACCAAGGCGAAAAAGGGAGGCGCGGGAUCCAUUGGGUGGAGCACCCCCGCGUUCUUGGGAGACCACCUUUUGAAAGGCGUCGGCGACGACAGGUUCUCGUGGGGCUACGAAGGCGGCAAUCCUGGGAAGCCUGGUUUCAUUAAAUUCUGCGGCAAGCGGUUUGGACCGAAGCUGGAUCACGCGCUGCCCAAGUGGGAGGAGAGAAUGGUCGUCGGCGUCGCGUGCUCCAUCACAGAUAGCCAGGCGAAGAUGUACUGGACCCUGAAUGGCGAGCUCUUUACUACUGAUGAGCCCGACCCGGUCGACUUGUCUGUGUAUUCAGAGCCCGGCCUCGUGCCAGCGAUUUCCAUGCAUGAAGGGCUCGAGAUUCAGAUCAACCUUGGCCCGAAUUUCUGGUACGGGAAUGAAUCAGGGAGCAGUCUGGUCACGCCGUGGGCUGGCUGCCAGCAGCCUUUCAAGCCAGUGCGGGCGCUUAAGGCGGGCGAGGCAGGCACCUUCAGGGCCACCAUGCCGCAGAGGGUCCGCUCCGGCUCUGUGACCUCCGUGGACGGCGGCGAGGACACCGUGCGACCAGGCCCGGACGGCGAGGGCGCUGCUACGCUGCAGCCGAGUGUCCACGACAUGGACCUGUGGAAGGAGCAGGCAGCGUCUGGAACGGGAGCCGGCGGUGCGGCCGUCGCAGACAGUGAGAGGGCUACUGGUGAUUCUGCGGGGGAGUUGAGGAAGUGGGUGGAGAAGCACGAAGAGGCAUUGAAGAAAGGCGUCCACUUGAAUCUGUCUGGCUUUCUGCAGGCUGAGACUCAACGAGACGCCAUGGCUGCUGCAAUCGCAAAGCUGCUGGACAUCCUACUGGAGCGCAAAGACAAGAUACACUCCAUCGACCUGAGUCGAAACCCACAGCUGGGCCUGGACAGGGUGAGCCAGGACCGGGUCCUCCGCGCAGUGGCAGAGCUCAUGAAGGACCCGAAGAUCCCGCUAACGAAGGUGGUUCUCGGCCAGUGCAAACUUCAAAGUGAUGACGCGCUGAAUACUCAUUCGACGGGCCUCGGGUCAGUGAUUGGGGCCUUGGACCCGACGCCACCAGACGGCUUCAGAGUGAAUGAGCUCGAUCUUAGUGGCAACGAGCUGGGAAAGGCGAUGCGUCACGUGUCCGACAAGAAAAAGGAGGACGAGAUGCUCGUCCAAGACCUGCUCCUGUCGGUCAGGACGCUCUCGCUCCAGGGCAACGAGAUGAGCUACCAGGACCUCCGCGGACUACUGCCCGGGCUCACGGGCAGUGCACAGGUCAGGGACAUCCGGCUCGGGGACAACAACCUCGACGACACCGGCGCGGUCGAGCUGGCCACCGAGCUGGGCUACAACCGCGAGUUGCGCGCGCUGGACCUGCGGAACACCACCAUGUCGCCCAAGGGCAUCUUCGCGCUCACCUCCUGCAUCACGCUUAGCCACAAGCUGUCGUACCUCAACCUGAGCUUCAACAACGUCGGUACGGACGGCGCCUCGGCCAUCGCGAAUCUGGUGAGCAUCUACCCCCGGCUGACCCACCUGGACGUGACCUCUGCCGAGAUCCCGCCCGAGGGCCUGAGGGAGAUUGUGGCGACCCUGAUAACGGCGCCUUGCCAGCUGGAGACGCUCAAGAUCGGCGACAACAAGCUCGACAAUGAAACGGGCGAGGAGGUUGCGAGGUUCCUGAACUCUGGGAGCGCCAGCAGGAAGUCCCUCAAGUCGCUGGACCUCGGCUCGCGCUCGUCGUUCACGCGGGGCUUCGAGGCGUGCGACCUCCUGAGGGGCUGCAGGGCCGCGCUGCAGAGCCUGGUCUUCCGUGGGCAGGACCUCGAGGUCGAAGACCUCUGCAAGUUCAUCUUUGUGGGUUGCAAGAACUGCAUGGACCUGGCCAGCCUCGACGUGCGCCUUGUCAAGAUCGACAGGAGCGAGGGCUCGAAGCUGCGGGUGGGCAAGCUCUUCGAGAGGCCGCUGACGUUCCUGCUGACCGACGGCAUGGCGGGAAACGACCCCACGAAGAGGGUGGAGGCGGUGAAAGACUACAUGGUGGUGUCGGCGUCGCGGUUCCAGCUGAUCGAAUUCUUGAUCAAGCAGCGGAACGAGCCGCCUCGUCAGGGCGAGGAUGGCAAGCGGGUGCGACCUUUCGUGGACACGCGGGACGCCAUCAGCGCCAUACAUGGCAUCGUGAGGAUAUGUAAUGAGGACACGGAUUGGCCACAAGAUCUCCGCGAGUGGCGCACGAAAGUCGUCGAGCUGAUGCUGGGCCCGACUGCUAAAGAGGGUUUCUGCGAAUCCAGAUUGGUGCAGCUGCCUGUGUGUACUGCCGUCCUGGCAGCAACGAGUGACGAGAAAGUGAUCCACCACGCGAGCGUGCGCGAGAAGGUGGACGCAUGGCAGGUCCGAGCCAAGGAGGACGGGAAGACCGUGCUGCAGGAGGCCAUCGAGGCGGAGUGCUCCGAGAUCGCCUGCCUCGUCGUGAGGCGGAACAGCGCGGUGAAGUCCGAGUUCCGGCAGGACCAGCAGGACGUGACGCAGCUGUACUCCUCGCUGUGCAGCACCGACGGCCAGCAGAAAUUCGACCGCGAGCCCGACUACAUCGGGAUCAACGACCCCUCGGACGCGACCCUCCUGGUGCCCCUGCGAGCUGCGGCCUCGCGGGGCAUGUGGCAGGUGGUGCAGGCCUUGCGGCAUGCGGCCAGGUUCGUGGACGGCUACGAUCAGAACGUGUUCGGCACGAAGCACAGGAAGCGCACCGUCUGGCACGACCUCGCGACGCCUGAGUGGAGUGCCGGGGGGCCGAAGGGGCAGCAGGGCCAGCAGUCCUUCAACGCCGCGGUGCAGAUCAACUGGGCGGAGGACCUCAUCACCAUGGACUACGCGCUCCUGGCGACGGACUGCGACGACCAAGGGAGGCUUCCCCUGCACUGGGCUGCACAGAACAACCACCCGCAGCUGACGAGGAUCCUCGUGGACCUCUACUGCCAAGGUGGUAACGACAACCUGCUGAAGAAGCGGGACCGAUGCCGUUUUAGCCCUCUGGAGCUGGCGGUGAAGCAUGGUAACAUUCAGACAGUGAAGGCUCUGGUUGCGGCAACCGAGAAGCACAGUAGCUUGACGAAGUUGAGCAUCACUUCGAGUUUCAAUAGAGAAGACAAGAAGCCGUCCCACGUCGACAACGAGGCUGGCUGGGGUGCGUCCAAGAUCGCACGUUUCCUCUAUUGGGUCUUUCGCAAUGAGCCGUCCGGGAAGGAGAUCUGUUGGCCAUGCAGUGCCUACCACCUUGUUCUGCUACAGAUGAACGUCGUCAUGAGAGGCGUGAAUGAAGGCUUGGAUAUCGAGAGAAAGCUACGGAUAUUUGAGCGAGUUUUGAGCCAGCAGUCUUCGAUCCAGAGGAAGAAGCGGAAGCGGGGAAGAAAGGCGGCGCCAGAUGAGACGUCGAAGGAGAUCAUGCAUGCGAUCCGUCGCGGUGACGGGGUUACCUACAGAAGAUUAUUCUUGAUCCGGUACUUGUUGAAGAAGAUGACGUUGUGGGUCGUCAUCAUGGGUAUGCUUUUCCUCAUUGCACAGACAGUAUUUGUUGGUGGAUGGCUGUCGAACACGAGAAUGUCUCCAGCGCUGACGCAGCAUGCGACAUCAUGGAUGUUCGAUUGGAACUUCGAGAAAAACGUUGUAGAAUCGGAGGUUCCUUGGGAAACCGAGAAGUUCGCGACGACGUUCUACGACCUGUCGACGCCAGAAGACGUGUGGACGUUCAUAAAUGGCACUCUGUUCGGAUUCAUCUUUCCCGGCCUUGGGCCAGGCGAGGUCGGGUCUUCGUCUUUCUUGAUAGGCAGCCCCGUGAUCCAGAUGGCGCCCUGGGUCUACGGUGACUGCGACACCCUCCUCAUGAGGAUCCCCAGGGUGUUCGAAGGCCUCGGGUCGGACUCGGACACGUGCGUCGUCGACAGGGGGGAGUACGGCAGCAACGUGAAGCUCCCUAGGAACGACGCCGCCGCGGCUCAGGCCGCCCUGGACUCCAUCGACCAGGCCGCCUGGAACCAGGGCGCGGGCAUCAGGGUGAGCUACGCCAUCUUCAACAAAGAGCUACAGAGGGUACUCGCCAGCGAGCUCGAGGUGGAGUUCAGGCCAAGCGGAACGGUCAUCCCAGUUCAAAAGACAAGGAUAUUCCUGUGGAUGCCCAUCAACGACAUAAUGUCUUGGCUGUACCCGGUCAUUCUCUGCGUCGCUCUCGUAGGGUAUUCCAUCAUCAACGUGGGCGUCGAGAUCUACCAGAUGACCUCCGAUUGGAAAGCAUACGUCAGCAACCGCGCAGAGAUGUUCGACAUUCUGCGGGAUUUCAUCCACGUUCUAAUCAUCGCUCUGAUGAUCACCGUGACCGUGAAGCAAGCCAGUCUUGACCUGCAACCUGCUUCAGACAACGUGUAUGUGGACACGACAGAUGAGAAUAAUCUCAUAGACAUUGCGUACUACUCCAUCCACUUACAGAAGCUCUUCGGUUUCACAUUCUUCCUACAGACCUUCAACUUGAUCAGAAUUCUCCGAUUGUUCCCCGAGCUGGGUCCACAGAUGCAAGCCAUCGGACAGACGCUGGUCGACGGGAAGGUGAUGCAGUUCUUCGCUUUCCUGUUCUUCUGCAUCAUCGGGUGCGCGCUGACUGUCAACACCGUGUUCGGCGCCGAGCAGAAGGGGUUCGCGACUCUUCAAGACUCCCUGUUCGCCAUGUACCGCUUCGUUUGGGGUGAUUGGGAUUUCGCGGAGAUUCAGUCGAAAGAGUACGUGGCGACAUCAACAUCGAUCUGGGGCUACCUCAUCUUCUGGAUCUUGACGUUUGUGAUCACUGGAACGUUGGCGAACGUGUUCAUCGCCAUUGUGGGUGAGCGCUAUACUGAUCACCUGGGCGAGUCCAUGAGUGAUUGGAUCGAGGAAGUGGACCGCAUCAUGGCCAUUUGGUAUGGCGAUGCAUUCAGAAGGAAAAAGGACAACGAGUACAAGGAGGUGGCGAAGUCUAUGAAGGAUUGGGGAGUUCGAGUUCGAGAUGAAGUCGAGGAUUCAACACCCAAGAAUAGCACCGCCGACUUGGCAUUGGCGGCCUCUGUCGACAAGGUGAUCGCCCGCCAGGACGCGAUCGAGGAUAUGCUGCAGAAGCAGAUGGCGCAGCAGAAGCGCAUGGACGCGAUCGAGGAUAUGCUGCAGAAGCUGCUGCAGCAGCAUGGCCCGACAGCACCUGCAAGGGUGUGAGACCGUGUCGGCUUCAAUCUUCGUGCAUCCUCGAGCGAAGUUGGCUUCACGUGAUGGUUCGGCGAUCAAGGCGCUUUCGGGGGGGGCUCUGGGGCGAAACACAUAUGGUUGGGAAUUUUACGGUAGCGUUAAGUUGGGCAUGUCCCUCUACAGGAGGACUGUUCACAAAUAGUACAACCAUAGUCUGGCGACGAUUUUUUGAUUCGCGCAGGGUGGUGUACACGACCGACGGCGCCCACCAGCGGCGCCGCAGGUAACCAGUGUGGCAGUUUUCAGUGUCGCUGGCACGUUGUGCAGCAGUUGCAGUUAUUGGCUGCUCUUGCGAUCGAAUGGCCCGGCGCUGUCUCACCCGGUAUGGCCUCCACCCAUCGCGCGGGGAAUGCGGGGACUCUGCCCGUCUGCUGUCGUGAAGCACCCCGAGGCCUCCUUUUGCCUUAGUGGGCUGACUCCCGUGCCCUUGAGCUUCUCGCACCAUUGUGGUCUCCAUCCUCCUCCUCCUGCCUCCUCGCUUCUCUCCUGGCCGCUGGCGCAGCAGCUCCUCGCCCAGCCAUCCCUCUCCUGUAGAGUCAGCGCUCCAGUCUUCCAGGCGGGAUGGAAGGCGCGGCGGAGCCGUGGCCUCUCUCGUGUCUGCCGCGGCGCGGCGGCGUCCGGGGCCUCGGGCACGGCUGCGUCAGUGUCUCAGCAUGUCUCCGGGCGCUUGGGCGAGGAGACGCCAGCUGAAAUGGGGCUCGGGCGCGGCGUGCCUGCUGCACGAGUGGGAAUCGGGCUAUCGUCAGUUUUGAGCAAA